AGGGCUUUUGAAGGGCCAUCUAAGCUCAUCCUUUUCUUUUGCUUGCCCCAUCAUGGCCGAGGUUAUCGGAGUUGCCGCUGCCAUACUCCAGCUUAUCUCAACCUGCAACACCAUUUCGAAGCGAAUUAGCGAGAUCAAGGACGCUCCCAAUGUCCUGUUGAAGUACGAAAAGCGCCUCUACGAUAUCCGCCACCUCAUGGAGCACAUCAACGUGAAUUCCUGUAGUGGACAAGUCCAGGAUCUCAUUCAUGGUCUGUUACAGCUGGUGGAAAGCAGCCCAGUCGAUAAACUGGCCCAGCUAUCGUCUGCCCGGCGUUUCGUUACACUCUUGCGUAAGAAACAAGAAAUAGAGGACCACUUUUCAAGCGUCGAUGAGAAGUCAAAACACCUCCUUCUUGCCAUCAAUGCAGAUCACACCUCGUCCCUGUCAAGCAUCGACGGAAAACUUGGCGAACUAAUGAUGCGGGCCGUUGAGUCGCAAAAGGCUGUCGGUGCGCCCGGGGACACAAUAUCAGAUGAAGGAACUGGGGCCAGCAUUCAAUCGCAUCACGGAGCAAUCGCGGGGCCAGGAGCCGACCAAGUCAAUGGCAUUGACGCUGAGGGUAGCAUUCCCUGUCAGAAUCUACCCAGAUUUGUGUUCUCAAACUGCCACAAGAUAGGACCAGGCCUUCAGAUCAAUGGCUUGCGCGUUUCGAACUUCGACGGUACUCAAGACCUCCCGCGGAUAAAUGCAUCUUUCGAAUCAUGUACCGCUAUGUCCGAGGAGGGAGAUGGCCCCACAGUACAGGUGAACGGCUUGAUCUUUCAGAAAAGUAGAAAGUAACAUAAAGAAGAAAGUAUUAAGAGAAAAUACAGGCAAAUGGGUUGACAGAACGGUUUCUCUUCAUUUGGGGUGUCUCUUUCCUUAUCCCGUGUCGGAGCUACCGUCGAGUGUGUCCUAGGUUUGAAGACGGCAGUCUGUUGUCGACUUUGUUCUGGGGGUUAGCUUGCGAGGCAUGAGGGGCAACGCUGGAGGAGCAGAAUUUCCGGAUGAAAGAGGUGGCGGAGGGGCCAGGUAAAUUUACUAGAUCGAUGUUUCAGUGUAUUGAUGGUUGUGGAAAGCCCCAGGAGGUUCAGAUCGGCCAGGCGUACUGCGAUGAUUGAGGGAAGGAAUGAACAGAGCACGAG